CGUCGCAUAACAGCAGCUGUCAUUCACGUAAGUUAAAUGGUUCCUUAGGAGAUGGGUGGGCAAGAAAAAGGAGGAAAAAUAACAUAAAAUUAGGAAAAUAGCAGACACUUAAACAAUGUGAAAAAUGCGCGCCAACCACCCAAGGUCCCAACAAAAUGUUGCUAAAAAAGUAUGUGAAAAAUCGCCGUAAGCUAAAGAUUCUGCUGCUGCUUACGAUAGUGGGACUGAUUGUGAUAACCAUCAUUGUGCUGAGCUCAGCGGGUCAGAACUCUGCCAUUGAACGGCUAUUGGAUGAACGCUUCAUAGCUCGCGCUUAUCGAGCUGGUGGGGACAAGGCUGAGGAGCAGUCUGCGGAUCUGCUGAAGCCCCAUCGGGAGAAUGGCGUCAUUGUGCCUGAGAAGUAUGACGAGCAGAAGAUUAAAGCACGCAUCAUGCAGAGUCGUCUGGAGCAAUUGAAGCAGCAGCAACACGACACUGAGGCGGAGGAAGUGCACACCACUCUGGAAGCAGUGGCAACAGCCGUGCACGUUUUCUAUACAGUGCCCGUGCAAUGGUACAAGUCCAAAAAGCUAUCUGGACCUCCAGCAGCAGCAGCAGCAUCCACCCUUGUGGAUGAGCAUGGCAACGAGGUGGUGGUGACGACGCCCAGACCUGUGAAGAUUCUGAACACCGCCUUCUACCCCGCCUUGGGUCUGUAUAAGCCCACAGUGACGUUGUUAGAAAAGCAUUUCGAGAACAUACGCAACUGUGGCAUUGGCGUGCUCAUCCUCAGCUAUACGGGUCGAUCGUCGGAAGGGGAACUACUGCGGCAGAUCAUUGACUUGGUGCCGCAGCACAACUUAAGUGUGACCUUUGAGCUGAGUGUGGCGAGCAAUCAGAGUGUGGACUAUUUACAACAGCAGCUGCGGGAUUUGGGAAGCUUCACCACCUUGCCGGGCUUCUACAAGGUGUGGAGCCAAUCGCGAGGCAAAGCCCUACCCGUUCUUUAUGUCAGCAAUGCCUACAAGUUGAGCGAAAGCUUAGGCCGCCUUCUGUGCCAAUCUCAAAAGGACGGACUGCGACGGCUGCUGGAUGCCUACUUCAUAGGACAUAUACGACUCAAGAGUCAUGCGGAUGUCUUGCGCCGACUAUGCUUUGAUGGAUUUUAUAGCAAAUUGCCCAGCAAUGGUGCGACAUUUGCCAGCACCUGGAAAAACUGGUCUUACCUCAAGUCAUAUGCGCUCUCAUAUAAAAUGCUUUUUGUGCCAACUGUGGGUCCUGGAUUUGCCGAGCGUAAUAAGUUUCCACGGCAUGGCGAUAUACAGAGACAUCGCAGCAACGGACGCUACUACGGUGUGGCGUGGCGGACCGCUAUUCUCAAUCACGUCGGCUUCAUCAAUAUAGCAAGCUACAACAAUUGGCCCGAUGGUAGUCAAAUCGAAGAGGUUGUACCACGCGCUGGAUUCCUGGACUAUAAUCCCGGUUCGAAAACAAAAUAUCUCGAUCUGACCACGCAUUGGGUGGGAAACUUUUUGAAGACGCGGCAGGAGGCUGCGGCUGCUGGACCUCAACAGCUGAACUGUUAUGAGCUAUUAAAUAACACGAUUUGUUAAGCAGUCUUCUCAGAUCGUGAGAAAAUACCGUGUUAUGACGUAGCGAUGAAUUUUUCUCUAUCUCAGAUGUUAUCUCAGAAGUAUUGGUGGGUCGUUAUAAUAUCCCAUUUUGAAAAUUCAGUCCAGGUUAUACAAACAAUACGCCAUUAAAUGUUAUACAACAUUUUUCUGAGCUACUAAGUCAAUUCCAAUAGCUUAAUCUUAAAUUAAAUCUAUUGAAUUCGAAGCUACGCGACAAACAAAAUAACAUCGACAAGUUUAGUGCAAAAUGUAUUUACUUUAUAAGCAAAAAAUUGCAUGCCACACAUUUACUUUCUACUGUUAGUAAGUCUUUUACUCUAUAUGCCUUUAUAGUAAAAAUUUACAUACAUACACGUAUAUAUGUAUAUCUGCCAGUUAUAUAUGGUGCAAGCAAUAUACUUUUAAGUACUUAGCAUUAUACUUAAA